GGGAUCUGUCAGGUGACGUGUUGUGUUGUCAUAUAUUUGGAGAAGAUGUCAGCGCACGAUCACUUUUCCCUUUGUCUGUGCGAUUUAAUAAGGUUACUCUGGUCUCUUAUGUUACCAUGCUUCUAUCUGAGUUUCCUCCUGACAACUAUCCUUUUCCUCUUCAUCAUGGGGGUGAGAAGUUGGCUGCAGAUGAAGAGGAAGACCAGAAGAGUUCAGGAUGGCCGGCCUGCCGUGGCUUUUUUCCACCCAUACUGCAAUGCAGGAGGAGGAGGAGAAAGAGUGCUGUGGUGUGCUUUACGGGCUCUUCAAAACAGGUACCAAGAUGUUUCUUUCGUAGUCUACACGGGUGAUCAGGGGGUGACGGCAGAAGAGAUUUUGGAUGGAGCACGGAGACGAUUUAACAUCAGACUCCCCCGACCCGUUAAGUUUGUGUUCCUGAAGCAUCGUCUACUGGUGGAGGCAAAACUUUACCCACAUUUCACCCUUCUGGGGCAGAGUGUGGGCUCCAUCUUCUUGGGGUGGGAGGCAUUGACCGAGUUUGUUCCAGAUCUCUAUAUUGACUCAAUGGGCUUCGCCUUCACCUUACCCGUGUUCCGCUAUCUGGGUGGUUGUCAAGUGGGAAGCUAUGUGCACUAUCCAACCAUCAGCACGGACAUGCUGUCUGUGGUUCGAGAAAGAAACCCCAGGUUCAACAAUGCAGACUACAUCUCCAGCAACCCUGUACUCAGUGCCAUUAAAGUGAUUUAUUAUUGCGUCUUCGCACUGCUGUAUGGCCUGGCUGGCUCCUGUAGUGACGUCAUCAUGGUCAAUUCCACCUGGACUUUGGGUCACAUUCUGGCUCUGUGGCGCACUCCGAACCGCACCAGUGUGGUUUACCCACCAUGCGAUGUUCAGGCAUUCCUGGAUGUUCCAAUUGGGGAAGACAAUGAAGAGAAAGAGCAAAAGAAGUGUCACAGUCUGGUCUCUGUGGGUCAGUUCCGGCCAGAAAAAGACCAUCAGCUGCAGAUCAGGGCAUUUAAAAAGCUUUUGGACAGAAAGGAGGUGGAGCCUGCGGGAAGAGAGGCUGUGAAGCUGGUGCUGAUUGGUGGGUGUCGGAACCAGGAGGAUGAAGAUCGGGUUCUGAUGCUGAGAGGAUUGUGCCAGGAGCUGGGCAUAGCAGACAGGGUGGAGUUUAAGCUCAAUAUUCCAUUCCAGGAGCUGAAGAAAGAUUUAACAGAUGCCACUAUCGGGUUGCACACAAUGUGGAAUGAACAUUUUGGCAUUGGUAUAGUGGAGUGUAUGGCUGCAGGAACAAUAAUUCUAGCUCACAAAUCUGGCGGUCCAAAGUUGGACAUUGUAGUUCCAUACGAUGGUGGUCCCACUGGCUUUCUGGCAGAUGAUGAAGACAAUUACGCAGACGCCAUGGAACGAAUCCUUUCUAUGAGUCCUGCUACUCGGUUAGAAAUGCGACGCCGGGCCCGUCUAUCCGUCUCCCGCUUCUCAGAUCAGGAGUUUGAAGGUUCAUUUCUGUCAGCAAUGGAGCCUCUGAUGUCAACAUUGAGAGCGUGAGAGUGAAAUAGCCCUGUUUCCGUUUUACAGACUGUAGCGAAUCAGCCUGACGCACUUUAAGCUUGCACUGGCCCUAUAAUGCUGAUUGUGAAUCAUUCCUUGUGUAGAGCAGCUCAUAGCAGCCUGUCUUGUGACCAUUUGCUCUGUCUUUAAAGUAAGGGGUGCAUGAAUGGAAUUGCUGGUGUUGGUUAGAUGCCAAUUUUUUGCUUUAAGUUAAUGACAAGAAUGAAAGAUUUAUGUACUGCUGUCAUUUGUUUCAUUUAAAAAAAACAAACUUCUUGUUUGUUUCAUAUCACUUUAGUGUGUUAUAUAUGAUAUUCUGCACUAGUAAUACUUGGACUUGUUUUCUUUUAUAGUAAGAGAUUUCAGAUUUGCAUAACAAAAGUUUAGUUCACUAAAAUUAUUAUUUUUUUUUGUGUGGAAGGUUUAAUAUAGGGUUUAUGUUGGUUUACUUGUUUUUUUUUUAAUUACACACAUAAUAAAAAUGCAAGAGUGGUGCAGAUGCAGCACAGAUGGUUGCCCGCAUAAUUUCAUUAGCAAUAUUUAUUUAUUAUUUUAUUUUCAGUUAUUACAUUGAAAUGCUUUGUGCAACUCUCCCAUUUGUCACGUACAGCUGUCUAAACUUUUUAGAUUACCUAACAAAACUCCAGUAUUAGAUAAGAUUUUUUUUUUUUUUUUACAUUAUAAGUGCUGUGUACAGAAAAGACAUCCCGGGAGCACAGAUUCUGGGUAAGAGAAAGUGUAUAGAUAGGAAAGCGACAGAGAGUUUCCAAAUUAAACAGGGCAUGGAGGAGGGAAUGGUGUGGGCUGAGAUUUAAAAAUCUAGGUGUUUCUAGUAAAUUCAUAGUUUUAAAGUUUAAAGAAAACUGCUAACCGAUAUUAAAACACACACAGAUACAGAGAAUUUGGGAGUAAAAUACAUAUAAAUAACUUGGAUCUAAGUAACUUAGAUUUUUUUAUUUAAAAGAUCAAAUAUGGGACUUUUAAUUUGAGUUAAAUGAGAAAAGCUUUUUAUAUUACCAAAGAGAUUUUAUUUAUACAUACAGUGCUCAGCAUAUAUAAGUACACCCCUCACAAAUCUCUCUUUUAAAUUCAUAUUUUUAAUAGGAAGCUAAACAAUAUAUUUGUGCAUAUACAUUACAUUAGUCAGUACUGAAGCCAAAAGUGGAGCUUAUAUAACAAAAUAAUUUACAAUGGUCCAAAACUAGUACAUUCAAAUUUUUGUUAUAGAAAAAUAUUAAAUAAAGAUUUUAAAAAAAAGAGGAAAAAUCAACAGAAGCAAAAAAAAAAAAAAAAAA